UUGUGCAGCCGGGGCCCGUUCAGAGUGGGAGGGGAAACCCCGCGUACGGAGCACCGCCAUCUUGGAUAAGGGGGGGAUGGGGGCGCAGUAGAGCCGUCGGAACUGAGCCUGUGGGAGCGAGGCAGAGCCCCAGCCCGAAGCAGAGCCGUACAGCGCCCAGAGGGGACCGGGCUGCCGCCGCCGCCGCCGUCACCGAGAGAGCCAAGCUGCACAGCCACCAGCUCCCCGAGCCCAGUGCCACAAUGGCAACUGCACCUUACAACUACUCUUACAUCUUUAAGUACAUCAUUAUUGGGGACAUGGGUGUAGGAAAGUCCUGCUUACUUCACCAAUUCACAGAAAAGAAAUUUAUGGCUGACUGUCCCCACACAAUUGGGGUCGAAUUUGGUACAAGAAUAAUUGAAGUUAGUGGCCAAAAAAUUAAACUGCAGAUCUGGGACACAGCAGGACAAGAGCGAUUUAGGGCUGUAACACGAAGCUACUACAGAGGAGCAGCAGGAGCUCUCAUGGUCUAUGAUAUUACUAGAAGAAGCACAUAUAACCAUUUAAGCAGCUGGUUGACAGAUGCAAGGAACCUCACCAAUCCAAAUACUGUGAUAAUCCUCAUAGGAAAUAAAGCAGAUCUGGAAGCACAGAGAGAUGUUACGUAUGAAGAAGCCAAACAAUUUGCGGAAGAAAAUGGGUUGUUGUUCCUUGAAGCAAGUGCAAAAACAGGGGAGAAUGUUGAAGAUGCAUUCCUGGAGGCUGCCAAGAAAAUCUACCAGAAUAUCCAAGAUGGAAGCCUGGAUCUGAAUGCUGCAGAGUCGGGUGUACAACACAAACCUUCAGCUCCACAGGGGGGUCGACUAACCAGUGAACCCCAGCCCCAGAGAGAAGGCUGUGGCUGCUAGUGACCUCUAUUCCACGGCUCCAUUUUUGACCUUUCACCUCUGUUAGAAGCAGUACUUUUGACUGCUUCAUUGUCUUCUGUACAUCUUACUGGGUUUAAUUAAACUCUGAGACAACAGUUUAACACAGUACUAAACUGCUAAACAACUUUAGAUGUAAUCAGGUUAUCAAAGGCAAGUAGAGUAAUAAAACCUCUCCUGCAUGGUAAAUCUAGAAUAUUUUUUUCCAGUUGUCCUUGUGAUAGUGUCACCAAUACAUGAUUUAAACUGAGCACUGAUGCUGGACUCACGAUUUUACACUUUUGCAGGGCCUUUUCUUGUACGGUUUAAUUUUAUGGUUCUUCAGCCUUCCUUCCCCAUCUGUAACUGUUCUAAAUCUGUCCAUAGUAACUGAUGUUUAUUUGCUGUGAAAUAACUUGAUGGUAGAAAAUGGGCUCUAUAACAAUGUGCUUUUGUUGGAGGAAUUCCCUGUGGCGGGUGUGUGUGUUGGUGGGAUAGCUUGUUGCAGGAGUAUACAACUUACUUCUGUUUUAGCCUAAAACAGGGAAAACAGUCCACUCUUUCUUCUUGUGCUCAGUAGCUUUACAUCAUUUUUUGCCAUUUUAUCCUUUACAUUUGUUAACAGAACGUAAAUAUGUAUAAAAUUUGAAGGAACUGAGCUAACAGUUAAAUACAUUCUGUGUAUAUGAUUUUAAUGAAGAAAAUAAAUUGAUUACUGGCAUUAGAACAGUAUAUGAGAAAAUAUCAGUUUGUACAGUAUGAUCUAUAUGUGACCACAUUGCCCCAUUUAGUACAAAAAUAGAUGUAACUGCAGUUCACUAACAUAGGCGUAACUCCUUGGUGUCAGCAGUGGGCAUUGUGCUGGGAACUUGACUCCCCAUGCAACAAGAUUAACACUAGUGGAAUAUCUGUCUCUGUUCCAUCUUUGCACUGUGGUAUAGCGAUGCCUCUUUAUUAACCCUGUUUUUUGUGCAAUCAACAGUGUGCUAGCCUGCUUUUCUCUUUCUGUAAGCAUUUUGCAUUGGGCUUAAUUUCCUGCCUUGCAUUGUAUAGAAUGGCUGGUUCUAUUACACAUUUUAUGCUUUUAUACCCCCCCCUUUUUUUUUUUUGGAGUGGUCUGAUUCUGAACUGGACAGUCAGAACUCUCUAGGGAUUUUUAACUACUUCUGCAUUUUUAUUUACACUACAGUGAAACUUUUUUAAACAAUUGGGUCCCCUCUUUCUAAAAGCAUUUAGAAUACUGCCUUCAUGAAAUUAUACAUGUUGAAAGUACUCUUUAUAAAAUCGGAGAGUCCAAAUAGUAUUCAGGCAUAUGCAGACUUGUAAAAGUACAUGUGAUAUUUUCUAUUUGGUUAAACCAGUUUGUUUAAAUCUCUACACUCAGUACCAUGCUUCACAUGAAAUCUAAUUUUCAUUUCUGAAACUUCAGAUUUGAUUUAGAGGUGGCAGGGGGAAAGAAUAAGUAGCUAAGUAAGAUAGAACAUGCGUUUGUACCUACCAUUCAUUCAAUAUUUAGUCAAACUGCAGUGUUUAAAAUACAAAGUAGUCUUAAAAUCCCUCUCUACAGACACUAAGAGAAACUAUCCAAUGUUCAGACUUGUAAGCAAACAGUGGUACCAGAGUAUUGUACAGUCAAUGUUAAAUAAAAGCCAAAACUGAAAUGUGCAGACAAUAGGAUUUGGGUGACUUGUGCACUGUCCCUUGUUUUUGUCUGGUUAGUCUUUUUUUAAACCUAAGAUUAUUAAAGUAGAUUGGUAUAAUGUUAAAAAUUUAUGGCUGAUGCAUUUUGCUAAAACAAAGUUGCACCGCAUAGGGUUGCCCAGGGACCAUGACCUGCUGAUGAAACAAAAUUUGGGUGAAGUAAACAGCAUUCUAAUGACUACAGCUUGUUGAAGUGCAAUGCCCUGAUUCCCAAAGUAAGUUACAGUAGGUCUCAUUGUGUCUGUGACAGAAAGGACUUGUUUGGACUGCUGUACUCUUCAUUUGGUGUAACUAUGCUAUUAAUCUAAAUAUUUGUAAAUAAAGUACCUGUAUCUAGAUAAAUUA